AUGAAUAGAGUUCACCAGAUUAUCAUUAUCUUUAAGAAUCACGAUAUGAGAGCGAGAUACAAGAUCAGGGUUCCAUCAAUCCCGGAAACUCGCUGGCUCUACAUAUAUGAUACUCUGUUUUUCAUCUUUGAUAAUCUGGAAACAAUUAAUACUGCUUUAAGAAGUGGAGAUCUUCCACUAUCCCUUUCCAGAGCUACACGUGAACAGUUACAAUGGACACGUGAUGGAAUUCCUCCACUCUUUAAAGAUGCUUUAAUGAUAUUCAAGCCAUUAAAGCAACUUCAAUUAUGGCUGGAAUCCAACAAGUCCAUGGGUGCUUAUGCAUUCCUGAUGAUACAACAGUGCCAAGGGAUGUUGGAUGAAAUGGCAGGAAGAUUAACGCCAGAUGGUGAAGAGAUUCUCCGAUCAAUCACUACAAUAUUCAAAAAUGAUAUGAAAGAAUAUGGUAGAAUUGAUUUGCUUCGGUUUGCUUUCGGCUUUACACCGUUAGCAAGGAAGAUCAUCAGAGACAAGAAGGGUUUUGGAGGAAAGACAAGCUAUCCACCUAUAAUGCAGUUGAAAGAUGUGCAAGUCCCAACGAUUCCUUCCCUGAGGAUCAUCAAUCGCGAGAUCACAUUUGAGAAACUCGGCGAAAUCCUUGAAGAAGAACGAACAGAACGUGUUGACGAGGUAGCCGAGCAUGAUGAAGAGAUCCAGCAAGCAGAAGAGGAACAAAUGCUUAACGACGAUCAUGCAGCCGAAACAAAUGCCGAUGGUUCGAGGAAUUCCUUGGUCUGGGAUGUUGUAGAUGAAGAGAUAAAAGAUCUAUACACAUUCAUGAUAACAAUCCUCAGACAAAGAG